AUGGAUCAUUUCUUUCAAGAGGAAUUGCAAGGUGAUGUCAUCUGGUGUGAGAUAUUUGGUCCAGUGAAUCGAAGUGCUUUUGUGCCUUAUGUAAGCAGACAUGGGGUUGGAAGCGAAAUUAGUGUAGAGAGAUCAUCUGAGGGGGCACAUCCUACUAACAUGAACAAAAGAAGGAUAGAAUUCAUGAGGAAAAGUUGCCCAGUGACGAUUGGAACUCAAGAGCCCGAUAGCAAACGAUGUUAUCGUCAUAUGAUGAGUGAGAGAGUGAGGAGAGAGAGGGAGAGGAAUGGUUACUUGGCUCUGCAUUCUUUGUUGCCCCUUGGCACCAAGAAAGAUAAGAACUCGAUUAUGCAAAUGGCUGCAAAUAGAAUUCAAGAGCUGAAGACAUAUAAGGAGAUGUUGGAGAGGAGAAAUGAUGAAAUAGAAGAGAGACUGGCAGCAAGUGGAAUUGGAAAUGUGGAGACUGCAAAGAUUAGAAUUCAAGUAGCCAAUCCAACAUCUGGGGUGGAUCCUUUGGUGGACGUUCUCAAGUGCCUUAAGAGCUUGGGAUCAAAAACCAGAAGCAUUCGAUCUCAGUUUUCUGAUCAGCAACUUGUAGCAGCAAUGGACAUUGAAACUGAGAUUGAAGCUGCUGAGAUUGAAAAUGCCGUGAAAAGGGCGCUGGCAAGACACUGA